AUGGUAUCAGAGCCAGUUGCUGUGUUUGAUGGACAGAACUAUGAGUUCUGGGCAGUAAGGAUACAGACGACUCUGAUGAACAAGGAAUUAUGGGAGAUUAUCAAGGAAGGACCUCCAGAAUCGCUAUCAAAAUCACCUGAAACACCAGGAGCCGAUAAGUCAAAAGAAGCUACAGACCUGAAGACACUCAAAGCCAAGGAUACAGCUGCACUUCAAAUCAUUCAAUAUGCCGUAGCUGACACCAUCUUUGACAAAAUCUUUUCUGCAACAACUGCAAAACAGGCUUGGGAUCUCCUGGAACAUUCCUAUCAAUGUAAUGAAAAAGUGAAAAUGGUUAGGCUACAGUCCUUAAGAAAAGAGUUUGAGAAUUUGAAAAUGAAAGGAGAAAAAUUUAAGGCCUACUCUGAUAGGAUACAAUCUGUAGCAAAUCAAAUGAGGACAUUAAGUGGAGAUAGAUCAAACUUUGACUUGGUAGUUAAAAUGCUAGCAUCUAUUCCUAAGAGUUAUGCAGGCUUAACCUCUUUGAUGGAAGAAACCAAGGAUCUCAACUCAGUUACCUAUGCGGAGCUGAUAGGUUCUAAGAAAAAAAAAAUUCUAGAUGAAGAGGAAGAAAAUGCUGAAGGUGCCUUCCAUGCUCGGUUUAAGAAUCUGAAAAUGGAGAACAAUGACAGAGGCAACAUAAGUCCAAAUAACUACAGAGAAAAAAGGUGGUGUGAAUUCUGUAAAAGAGAUACUCACAAUGAAGAAGUGUGUUACUUCAAGAAUGGAUAA